AUGUCAACCCAUAAGCAUGCUUCCACGACUGAGGUGAUUAACUCUUAUACGGAGAAUGCCGGUGUGGCUGGCCAGAACAACAAGCAGGUAGCAGCAUAUGCUGACUUGGGAGAGGGGCUCAAAGCGGCCACGAUCUACAAGCCCAAGUUUGAAGAUGGAGAUCCGGAUGCGUCUAGGAAGGUGUCUGAAGGUGACCUGGUUACUGUCGACAUGAUUGGGUACCUAACCGGCUGGAAUGGGAACAUUUUCAUCCGCACGCAGGAUAAGAGCGGCUUUUCGGAAAAGCCGGUGACCUUCAGAGUGGGACGGGGUGAUGCAAUCCCUGGACUGGAUCGUGGAGUCGUUGGGAUGUUGAAAGGCGAGAAGCGUCGAUUGGUGAUACCACCAGCGCUUGGGUAUCCGCGGCCCUGUAGCGAUGACCAACUCGGGAAGCCGGGCGCCAUCCCUGACCCACGAGAGUCCGCAUCCGGUUCCGGGGAGCCCUGGGAGCUUAGAAACAGACUGCUGAAUGGCGUUCUUAACAAUGCCAGGGAUGACACUCUUGUCAUAGACGUCAAGAUCAAUCGGAUCACCAGCUGA